AUGGCUUUAGCAACUCCAGUGGAUAACCAAUCCAACAACGUACUGAAAUGCCCUUCCCCUGCAUCAAUGGAUUUAACCACUCGGAAUUGCAAAACUAACGUACGAAAAUUCCAAUCUGAGGAAGAUGUCGCCAAGGCUCUUGCAAAAUACGUCGUCAAAUUGUCGGAAAAAUAUAUCAUAGAGAAAGGCUAUUUCUCUGUUGUUCUUUCUGGAGGUACCCUAAUCCAUACACUGAGGAAACUGGUGGGAUUUCCUUACAAAGAUUUAGUUGAUUGGUCGAAAUGGCUCAUCUUUUGGGUGGAUGAGAGGGUGGUUCCUUUGGAUAGUCCUGACAGCAAUUAUAAACUUGCUUAUGAUGGUUUUCUUUCGAAGGUACCAAUUUCUCCCUGUCACAUUUAUGCCAUUAACGACAAGCUGUCGCCAAAGGCUACAGCAGAUGAUUAUGAAGCACGUCUCAAGCAUUUGGUCUAUAGAAAAAUUAUACCUAUAUCUGACGCAAGUGGAUUCCCCAAAUUUGAUCUUAUGCUACUUGGAAUCGGGCCAGAUGGACAUGUGGCUUCUUUAUUUCCUACACGCCCGCAACGUUUUGAGAAGAAACGGUGGGUGACCUUCAUUACCGAUUCUCCCAAACCUCCUCCACCGAGGAUCACUUUCACGUUUCCUGUGAUCAACUCAGCUUCAGAGAUCGCAAUGGUGGUCACUGGCGCUGAGCUGGCCGAUGCUGUAAAAAUAACAUUGGGUGGUGUACUUCCUCCUGGUGUAGCUCCCCUCCCGUGCAUGGAAGUUUCAGCCGAAAAAGAAUUAACAUGGUUCUUGGACAAGGAUGCUGCUUCUAAACUGUGA